UACACCUGCCAAUCCCUGUAGCAAGAGUUACCCUGUCUUCGCUUCCCGACAUGCCGACCAUUGAACUGGACACCAAUCUGCCCACCGGGCGCCUGCCUGCGGGGCUGGAGAAGCAGCUAUGCCAGGCAGCUGCCACCAUCCUGAAUAAACCCGAGAAUUACAUAAACGUGAUCGUGAGGCCAAGCCUGACCAUGCUGCAUCUCAGCUCUGAGGAGCCCUGUGUCCAGCUGUGCAUCAGGGCCUUGGGUGUGGUGGGCACUGCUGAGCAGAACCGCAGCCACAGCGCCCGAUUCUUUGAGUUCCUCUGCAAGGAGUUGGCCUUGGGUCAGGACAGGGGUGCAAGUUGCCUGGACCGUUCCUUCUCCAUGGACUGCUGCGACCUGCAGGAGUCCAGGGCGGGGCGGGCUGUAGGCACCUUCCCUGGGCGUUGCUGUGCUUCUUUGCUCUGGCGUCUCACCGAGUUCCGUCUUGAGCGUGCACCUUGCAAAUCCUCAUGUUCCAAAAGAGCCUGA